AUGUUUUUCUUCCGCCGGGGAAAGAAAGACGAGUCGGAAAAGGAGAGCUUGGGAAGCUACAAACUCCAGGGGGCCAAAAAGGAGCCCCUGAUUAAAUGGAGGCACAAAGACGAGGCAGGAAAAAAUGCCAACAAGGAGAAAAAAUCCCCUAUCAAAUUUAAGGCCCCGGAACACGGGAAAAAUAAGAAAAAGAAGAACUCCUUUUUUAGCUUCGCGGGAUUGAAUUUUUUUGGAAAGUCCAAAAGGAAGAGGACCUCCAAGAAGGGAGAGCCCCAGCCAAAGACAGAGGUGAAGGAGAUCAUCAAAAAAUUCGAGCUGUCCAAGCGGAGAUCGAAGGAAACCGUGAAAGGAACAACCAAUGUGAGGAAAGCCAGACUGUCUACACAAACGAGCACCACAAAAGCUGACCCCCAAAGUAGCGGAGUUCACACGGACCCACUGGUAAAUGAAGAACUGCUUGAGGUCCUAUCUGAGGAGGAAAGAAAAUCCAUCGAAGUUGUUACUCUGAAAGACCAAUCUUCCAAUGGUGACAACUCCGAGAUAGAUAGAGAACGCAAAGAUGGCUCUGCCGAGAAGGACGUCCCCGCAAAAGUGAAGUCUGCCUAUUCAGUUAAGGGACAAAAUAGUGACACAAAUCUGAUGCAGAAUAAAGACCUUUUAAUGCAGAAAUCCAACCUUCUGGAAGAGAGUUGCCAAAUAGACAAGAAAAAAAGUUACCCCCCAAAAAAUAAACAUGAUGAGAAUGACCUCGUGAUUACUCCCAACGGGGAUGCACAUCCCGGAAAGGAAAUGCAAACAAAAAAAUCGAUCCUAAAAAAUAUCAUAAAAAUGCCACUCUCUUAUGCAUCUAAAAGUUUCAAAAGUGAUGCUUCAGCGAUAAAGGAUUCAGCCAAAUUGGCGAAAGGGGGAAAUGAAAAACGGGAAGUGGAAAACGCAGGGACGAAGGAAGGCGCGCUAAAAUCCAAGGACACUACUGAUUCGAUCCACCUGCAGAACGAUCACAAUAAGGGUGAUGUUUCCUCCCCCGAAGAGAUCGAUGCCAGGUCGGAAGACAGCAACCACAGCGGGAAAAUGAAGUUCAGUAAUUUUAUUCCCAAUUUUAACCUAACCAGUAAAAAAAAUGCCUCCUUCAAAAUGAACAAAAAAAAUAGCAUCACUGGAAGCAGCUUUGACCAAGCGGAUGAUCCACAUUAUUUCAAAGGAGAGGCAUUAACCCUUACUCGCCAGGACAUACGAGCGAAGAAGAAUAAUCUCGUAGGACGCGCUAAACUUAUCGAGAAAAACCUACACAGGAAUGAAGGGGCAUCACAGGAAGAUGGGUCCAAGAAUAUACAUCGUAAAAUGACAAAAGACAUUUCCGAAGGGGGCCCGAUUCCGUUCAACCUCCAACCGCCCCUUCUUCUCACCGAAAAUUCCUUCGACAUAUGGUACGUCCUCCCGCAUGGUAUUAUUCCAAUAACCCCAAUAUCGCCUAUCGAGGACAUCAUAGAAGUUAUUUAUUCGAUUUGCAAUAGCCACAAAGAGGAGGCAAUUGCGAAGCUGAAAAUGUGCAAAGAGAACAACGAGAAGUGCUCCAGCAUGCUACAGAUAACCUUGGAUAAGCUAAACGGGCCGCAGGAUUCCGUGCUCACUAAUUUGACCAAGAAUAUGUCCUUACAACGGGAUUACUUGAUCGAAGUGAAUGAAGUUAUGAGGGCAGUUAGUGAAGAUUAA